UCCAAACUUUUUUUUUGCAUAUUGCAAUUCCUCUCUCUUCCACAAAUUUUACUCACGUUUUUGUUUGGGUCGAGUUCGCUGUUGUUGUGUCUGAUCUCUAACAACAAAGAGUUAUUGUCUGAAGAUUCUGCUUCCCCGAAUUGGGUGUUCUUUUGAAGUUUCUGCUAAAUUAGGGUUUCCACGAGGACGAGGACUCUGUUCAAUUAGGCUGUUGGAGUAGUUAAGCUCGGAUUGGUGAAAUCUGCGGGUUUCUUAUCUGGUGUCGAGGACGAGGAAUGUUUUAUUCGCAGUUUAUAUUAGCUAAGAAAGGGCCACUUGGGACAAUAUGGAUUGCGGCCCAUUUGGAGAGGAAGCUUCGAAAGAAUCAGGUGGCUGAUACUGAUAUUGGAGUCUCCGUUGAUUCUAUUCUCUUUCCGGAAGCUCCAAUCGCAUUGAGAUUGUCUAGUCAUCUUCUGCUUGGCGUGGUGCGUAUAUAUUCAAGAAAGGUGAAUUACCUCUUUGAUGAUUGCAGCGAGGCAUUGCUUAAGGUAAAACAAGCUUUUCGCUCUGCUGCGGUUGACCUACCCCCUGAAGAAUCCACAGCGCCAUAUCACUCAAUUACGUUGCCAGAGACAUUUGAUCUUGAUGAUUUUGAGCUUCCAGACAAUGAGAUCUUUCAGGGUAAUUACGUUGAUCAUCAUGUGAGUACAAGAGAGCAGAUCACCCUUCAGGAUACCAUGGAUGGUGUUGUAUUCUCAACAUCGCAAUUUGGAUUAGAUGAGCGAUUUGGUGAUGGCGACACUUCUCAAGCUGCUUUGGAGCUUGACGAGGAAGUAUUCCAGGAUAAGGAUGCUAGAGGAUCCGUUGAUGAGGGAGUCCAAGGUACUGAUCACAAUGCAUAUCUGGAUGCGGCAACACCGGAGAUCAAGGAUGAAAUGAUAGGAGUUUCCGAAGCCUUGCCCAGAGAUGUCAAUGAAGACCAGGUUGAAGGUAGUGGUAUGAGUAAUGAGUUCAUUGAAGAUGCCCAAGCUCCUCAGACCCCUGGAUUAGUUGAGGUGCCAAACUCGUCUAGUGUCAGAGAGCAGCUGGCAUGCGAUGAUCACAUGGAGGUAGAGGAUCUGAAUGCUGCAGAAGGUAAGAAAGCCUCUGGAGAGGUGGCUGCUAAUGAGAUGCAUAAACGUGAUGAAGAGUUGUCUUCUGAGUGUAAUGCCGGAGAAUCGGCAGUUAUUCCCAUGGAGGUCGAUAAGUCGCUGAUAGAUGGAAAUGUUAAUGCGCAAAAUGAGCCAGAGGAGGAGAGGGCAGAGCACGUACAUGUUACAUCGCCAUGUUGUUCUCAUAUCACCACCGAGAUGGAGGAUCCUGGUCAAGUAACGACUGAGGCUGGGACCAAUGUUAAUAAUGUAGUAGCUGAUAAGUCAGAUGAUGUUCCUCCAGUUGAGUCCCCUGGAGGGCCUACGAUGAGUAAUACUGAGCAUUGUUUAUCCCAGGAACCAAAAGAUCCUGGAGAAGAGAACCAAGAUCAUUUUGCCAUUGCCACUGAGGUCAAUCAGGAAACAGAUUCCAGUUUACAAGGAGAUCGGGAAGCGUACUGUAGACCAGAUGCGCAGCUGAAUAAUGCACACGCAACUGAUGAUGAACAGUUGGGAAAUCUGACUGGAUCUACUGACUCUGCUUUGCCUGCACCUGAGAAGGUAUUAACUGCACCUAACAGACUGGGGGAUGAAAAUGGUUUCAUGGUUGAAUCUACGCCAGAUAAAGAAGAUCCUGGCACGUGUAACGAUGAUGCAGGAAAUAAUAACAUUACUGGGAAGAAACGCACUUUUACUGAGAGCACUCUAACUGCAGAAAGUUUGAACUCUGUUGAGUCAGUUGGACUGAUUAAGUCGAAGAGAACUGCAGAUUCUGUUCCUGAUGACGAUGACUUGUUGUCUUCCAUCUUAGUUGGAAAGUCAUCUUUUUUGAAGAUGAGGCCUACCCCUGUGCUUGAAUUAGCAUCUACAAAACGGUUACGAGCUGCUCCUCGUUCUAGUUCAACAAAGAGGAAGGUUCUAAUGGAUGACCCUAUGGUCUUGCAUGGCGACGUUAUACGGCAACAGCUGACAAACACUGAAGGUAUACGCCGUGUGCGAAAGAAGGCACCUUGCACCAUUCCUGAAAUCAUAAUGCUUCAAAGGCAGGCUUUGGAGGAUGGACUCUUGAAGGAGCCAAUAUUCACUGGUAUGUCAGUGGAAUUAGUAUCUCUACAUAAUGAGCCGUAUGAUUUAAGAGGAAUCACGGUAAUCAAGAAUGAUGACCGUCAUGCUUCUGUUGGAGUGGUGGAAGACAAUGAAUGUUCUGUAAGGGCUGUGAAAGAAAACGAAACUGAAGAAACCUCUGCUCUUCUUGUUCGCCCAAAUGAUUCUGAGGAGCGACCUGCCGAGGCUCAUACUGAACCACAGGACCAACCAAUCCAAGACCAAUCGGAAGAAGGAGAAGACAAUAACGAGCUUGGUGAAAAAUUAGGUGACUUAGAAGUUUUAAAGGAAGGUGAAGGAGCUGCUGAGGAAGUAAAUCUUGUAGUGAAUGACGAGAUCAGUCAAAUGCCAUCUGAGGAUAAACUCGAUCGUGUAGAGGGUGUAGAGGAUUUACAGGUGGAAGGAUACCAUGAAAACCAUGAUGGAGGGAUAGGUGGUGAAGAUGUUUGUGCUGAUCUUAACGAAAAAAAUAUCAGUGAUAUUAUCGAAAUUGCUGAAGGAGAUGUAGAUAACAACGCCAUUACCAAUGAGACAGACUUGAAAGUUGAAGAUGAACUUCCACAUGAAGAUAAUAAGACGGAUGGACCAGCUGAAGUUAGCGAGGUUGGGGUAGAUGACCGGACUCCAUGCGAUAACACAAUUGGUUCUAUAUGCGUAGAAGCUGGUGAUUUUAGUAAUCUGGCCUUGGAAAGUUGCAAUCCACCUCUUGUGGAAGCAGAUAAUGGUGAGAUGAAUCCAGAGAUAGAGUCGGAUAAUAAAUACGAACCGAAUAAUGAGACAUUUAAUGAGGAGGCGUAUAUGCAAAGUGCACCAGAUGAAGAACCUACUUCUCGUGAUGGUCUUAUGAUAGAUAACGAUGGAAUGGAAACCAUGGAAGUGGCACAUGACACAGGAUUUUUGAAUGUGGAUGAUGAUGAUGUUGAUGAAGAUCAUGAGGACGAUGGUAUGCAAGAUGGUGAUGAAACUCGUCUUCUAGAGAACAGUGGGUGGUCUUCUCGUACCAGGGCUGUGGCGAAGUAUCUCCAGACGUUAUUUGAUAAAGAAGCUGAGAAUGGGAAGAAUGUUAUUGUAGCAGACAAACUUUUAGCUGGGAAAACCCGUAAAGAAGCAUCAAGAAUGUUUUUCGAAACCCUGGUUUUGAAAACUAGAGAUUACAUCCAAGUUGAACAAGCUAAGCCUUAUGAAAGCAUCAUUAUAAAACCGCGACCAAAACUCACCAAAUCCAUCUUCUAGACAGAGAAAAUGAGUCUUAUAGUUGCAGAUAGGUAGUUUGGUCCAACCCGAAAAUAUCCAUCCGAAAUGAUUCUCCUUCUCUAAAGAUAUACAAUUUCCCCCUUUUUAAGGCGUAAUGUAGUAGUAAUAUAGUAUCAAUGGUGUUGUAGCUUAACCAUCCAAGUAGCUGGAGGUUGGUCUUUGUCAUUAUUUUAUCUUUAUAUAUAUGAGUUGUUGUAUGUGUAUAUAUAUUGGUGCCACCAUGAUCAUCACCAGUUUAAAUUUGAGAGAUGCUAAUUUUAUUUUCUUUGGAUACCCAAACUUCUCCGGUAUGUGAUAUUGAACUUGAGGAUGCCUGAGGAA